UCAGUUUGCUCCAGCCCUCCUCUGCAGCGGUCGCUUGUUGCUGCUGUCUCGGAGCAGGGAUUUUUCUUAUUAUUAUUUUUGGGGGAGUGGAAAUUCCGCCGUUUCUGCCUCCUCACAACCAGACUGUGUGUGUUCCUGACAGUUCAGCUGCGAGCAGACACGCAGAGAGAGAAGCUGGACUCGAACCACACGGAGUCCACACCAGGAGAGCUCCGGGGUAUUUUUCGGCUGAACCCUGAUUUUUGUGGUGUUAUUUUUUAAUUUAUUCCUCCUUUUGGAAGUAUGUGAAUCAUUUCUGCCGGGUGUCAGAUCGGGAACGCAGCGGUGCCACUUUUUGCCUCUGGAUUUUGGUUUUUGCUUCUUUUUUUUCUUUUUUUGUUGGUUUCUUUUUUUGCGUUUGGAUUAUUUUCUACUAGGAGAUGCCAAGUUGUUGCCUGUGAAACGCAGGAUGCUGGGGACUCUACAACCACCAGAUCCCUUACUCUGAGAGAAUAUCCGUUAUUUCUGAUUCUCUCCUCUUCUUCUUUGGUCUUGUUUUUGGUUGGUUUAUCUUAUUAUCGAUGUGGUGCCAUAAUCUAAGGAUGCGCUGUGGAUUUCUAUUGUUCCUUUUCACCCAAAUCAUCUCGGUGUCUCCGUUCACUUACAUUGAUAGAUGCGGCGGAGAGAUCAUGAUCGACUCGGCAAACUACCUGACCUCCCCGGGUUACCCCGGCGCCUACCCGCCCUCCCAGCUCUGCGUGUGGGUCAUAACCGCACCGGAGCCCGGGCAGAAAAUCCUCAUCAACUUCAACCCGCAUUUUGACCUGGAGGACCGAGACUGCAAGUAUGACUAUCUGGAAGUCUACAACGGCGGCGUAGACGAGGCUUCGUCCAUGGUGGGGAAGUUUUGCGGGAAAAUCGCGCCGUCGCCGAUCAUCUCCAGCGGCGACCAGCUCCUCAUCAAGUUCGUCUCCGACUAUGAAACCCACGGAGCGGGAUUCUCUGUUCGAUACGAGGUCUUCAAGACAGGUCCAGAAUGCUCCCGGAACUUCACGGCUCCCAGCGGCGUCAUCGAGACGCCGGGUUUUCCCGAGAAAUACCCCAACAACCUGGAGUGCACCUUCAUGAUAUUCGCCCCCAAGAUGGCAGAGAUCACGGUGGAGUUCUACAGCUUCAACAUGGAGCCCGACACCACGCCUCCGGCCGGCGCCGUCUGCCGCUACGACUGGCUGGAGGUUUGGGACGGCUUCCCCGCCGUGGGUCCUCACAUCGGCAGGUACUGCGGCCACAAGUCGCCGGGUCGGAUCAUCUCCCACACGGGCAUCCUGUCCAUGACCAUCACCACCGACAGCGCCAUCGCCAAGGAGGGCUUCAUGGCCAACUACACCAUCCGAGAGAGGGAGCCGUCCGCUGGGCUCCAGGACGACGAUUUUGCCUGCAUGGAGCCGCUGGGCAUGGAGUCUGGGAAAAUCCCCUCAGGUCUGAUCAGGGCGUCCUCCCAGUAUAACUCCAACUGGUCCCCAGAACGCUCCCGCCUCAACUACAAGGAGAACGGCUGGACGCCGUCAGACGACACCAUCAGGGAAUGGAUUCAGGUCGACCUGGGCUUCCUCAGAUACGUCACCAGCAUCGGGACCCAGGGAGCCAUUUCAAUAGAGACCAAGAAGCAGUACUACGUCCGCUCCUACAAAGUGGACCUGAGCACCAACGGAGAGGACUGGAUCACAGUGAAGGAGGGCUCCAAACAAAAGAUCUUUCUGGGGAACCACAAUCCAACAGACGAAGUCCGUGCCUUCCUCCCCAAACCGACUCUGACCCGAUUCGUUCGUAUCCGCCCGCUUACCUGGGAGCAAGGCAUCUGCAUGCGGUUUGAGGUUUACGGCUGCAGAAUAUCAGACUACCCGUGCUCGUCGAUGUUAGGCAUGGUGUCGGGGCUGAUCUCUGACCCUCAGAUCAACGCUUCGUCCUUCGCCGACCGGGGCUGGGUGGCCGAGAACGUCCGGUUAUUGACGGGCAGGUCGGGUUGGACCGGGCAGCAGUCCAAGCAGCCCUUCAAGAACGAGUGGCUGCAGGUGGAUCUGGGCCAGGACAAGAUACUGAGUGGUUUGGUGAUCCAGGGAGGAAAACACCACGACCGCAACGUUUACAUGAAGAGGUUCAAGGUCGGCCACAGCCUGGACGGUGAAAACUGGACGGUCAUUAAGGAGGAGAACACCACCAGGCCGAAGAUCUUCAUUGGGAACCAAAACCAUGAAACCCCGGAGAUGAGGUCACUCGGCCCGCUUCUGACCCGGUUCAUCCGGAUUUACCCAGAGAGAGCGACAGCAGAGGGCAUCGGCCUCCGACUGGAGCUGCUGGGGUGCGAACAGGAAGAGAAAACCACGACCGGGCCUCCCUCCACCACCGCGCCGUCCACCACGCUGCCCAUGACCACGUUCGGCGCCACCACCGCAGCGCCGACUACGCUUCCCACCACCAUGUCGUGUCCGGAGUGUCUGGACUGGGAGCAGGACUCCGACGAGGAAACGGAGAACACUCUGGUCUACGACGAACAUUUUGAAGUCGUCAUGACCCCCAACCCCAAGGUUGACAUUCCAGCUUACCUUUGGUUUGCCUGUGACUUCGAUUUAUCGUCGUUAUGCGGUUGGACCAAGGAGAGCGGCUCAGGAGCCGAGUGGUUCAUCCAGAGCAGCGAGGCUCCUGCUGUCCACAGAGGCCCGACGCUCGACCACACAGGCGCUUCAGGGAACUUCAUCUACAUGCAGCUGACAGACACAAUCGCACCCAGUAAGCCUGGGGAGGAGCAGAGCGGGGAGGAGAAGGUGGCCCGGCUGGUCAGUUUAUCCAUCACCACGCCGGACGCAAGCCUCUGCAUGUCCUUCUGGUACCAGAUGGCCGGCGAGCGCGGAGCGGCGCUGCACAUCAGCUAUCGCCAUGACGAUGAUGACGAGGUCCAGGUCCUGUGGUCGAAGAGCGGCCAUCAGGGCAGCAGAUGGAGGGAAGGCCGUGUCGUACUUCCUCAAACAAGACUGUCCUAUCAAGUGUUGGUGGAGGGAAUCGCAGACAGACGCACCACAGGCCACAUAGUGGUGGACGACAUCCGAAUCAUGGAUGAGCUCAACAUUCAGGACUGCAAGGAUCCAGAAGCUCCAACAUCUCCACCCACUAAGAUCUUAAUGCUACCCAUGGACUCCCUUUCUCAGGAAACGGGUGAACUCGGCAGGCCGGGCAACAUGCUGAAGACGAUAGACCCCAUCCUCAUCACCAUCAUCGCCAUGUCGGCUCUGGGCGUCUUCCUGGGCGCCAUCUGUGGUGUCGUGCUGUACUGCGCUUGCUCGCAGGGCAGCAUGACCGACAGGAACUUAUCCGCCCUGGAGAACUAUAACUUUGAGCUGGUGGACGGCGUCAAGCUAAAGAAGGACAAGAUAAACGGACAGACAAACAACUACUCAGAGGCGUGAGCCCGAAGGCGCAGGGACCGGAGCUUUGGCAGCUCUGCUAGCGGACACGUUACAAGCAGCCAAUCACAGGGCUGACACCACUAAUGGGACGGCAGGGUGGGCUAACAGCGAGCCGAUUUCAUUUUUAUUUCUCAGGAGCGUUGGUGGAAGGGACUCACCUGUAGGGGGCACUGUGUAUAAAGAACAUGUACAGCAAAAAAGAAGAAAACUAAGGAUUCUCUUUGUUUUUGACGUGCUUUGUUGAUUUCACGUAAUCACAUGCUGGUGUUGAGACCAAUUCAGACGAAAGUAUCGUUAGUGAACUUUUGCAGAAAGAUUUAAUGUUUCUGUUUAUUGUUUUUUCUUGUCUUUUCGUUCGAAUGUUUUGAAGAAUGAGCGAAGCUAGCUUGACGCGUGUGGAAGUGUGUGUGUGGACGUCUCACUCAUAUACAUCUGCUUCUGAGGUGUGUCUGACUAUACAAACCGUGUGUGAGUGUGUGUGAUCUUGACGCAGGACCACUGACCUGCUCCGACAGUGCCUUUUUUUUCCUGUUUUUCUGUUGCCUUGUUUUCUGCUGGUUGUUUUCCCAUCGGCUGGCAUUCUUUCCAGGGUUCCUAUACAAACUACGGGGACAGGUUUCCAGACUGUGUCUGUAAAGCAGCAUCUUUUCAUUGCUGUAAUUUUACCAUAAAACAGCAUCUGGUUACACUGGCAUUCACUCAGAUGUUGAGUUCCAGGUUUAUAUCCGCAGAACUGAAGAAAACUAUGAAAAUUCCCAAUAUGGUAAAUGUGUAGGAGCCCUGAACGCCUCAUAUUCAUGGCACAUGACACAUCCAACGUAUUGUACAUAGGUUUUAAUAUAUAUUUGAGCGCCCUUUUCUAUAGAGGAAGACGCUAGUGCUGCAGUAUCCUUUCUGUUUUCAAAUCCCACCGAUCGCUGAAGGAUGUUUACCAUCCCUGGUGAUUCAGAGGAGAAAACGCACCAAUGAAAGGGAAUUUGUGUCUUAACAGGGUAAAAACACACAACCUCAGCAGCUACAGUGACAGAAAGUCAAAGGGGUUUCAUUGAUUACACUUGGAUCUGGCUGGACACAUUGUUAAACUGCCUCCAUUGUGAGAAUGUAAUGUUGAGGUACCAGAAUACAAACUACAUGGACCUGUAUGUAACAACAUGGCCGCCGCAAUGCAAGCUAGCUACAGAAACUCUGUUGAUAGGCUUGAAGAUCUAAUAGGAGGCAAUGAAACAACUCAUUAGAGUUAACAUGCUUUUCAGAAAUGUAAAUGACUUUGAUUUAUAGUCUUAAUUUGGAGUACAGAUGCUGAAUUUUAACUAGUUUCUAUUGUUUUCUGGAAAAUUGUUGUUGUUUUAGACUUUCCUGCUGCCCAUUUUUACCUUCACAAAGUUGAUUGGGUUGCCCAGUCCAUUUGUGUUUCAUGGAUCAAAAGAGCGCUUAAAUAUGUCCCUUUGAUUAAUCUUGUUGGAAUACACAAUACCAAGAGCUUUUCUCUGUAUUGUUGGCAUUACAGCUGCCUCUCGCCACAGAUCCUGUUUCUGUGCAGCUUUCUGUUUUAUGGUUCGCCGAAUCCAAGAGAGCAUUUCCACCAUCAGUUGGACUCUCACUGGAUUAAAGCCAAAUGUCUGACAUGGUGACAUGGUGAUGUCUCGUGCUUGAAUUUUAUCCAGUUCCCAUUGAUUUCUUGGAAAUAUUUUUUUUUUUUUGUUUCAACAGUAGAGCAACUUCAAAUUGAUUGUCAAACAUUGGACUUUGGGUUAGAGUUUCCUCCUGGCCAUCUUUACCCCAUUCCAAAGUAGAUUGUGUUGUUGAGUACAUUUGAUCUCUGACCCUAACCGUACCUUUCCGUUGCCCCAUGGACCUACAACUGAAGGGAACCCAGGAAUGGGUGCAGGUCGGCUGUAUGGGCCAAACCACACCAACUCUCCCCAUGUCUCUCAGCAGAAAUGAGGCAAAGGUGUAUUAAGAAGAGUAGGUUACCUGGUUUGGGAACAUCUGGGUCUCAAGAGAGCGUUUCCACUGCCAGUUGGACUCUUACUGGACAGGCGGGGUUAAACCCAAACGUCUAACGUAUCGUCCUACUGGUAGGACAACAAACGUGCCUCGUGCCUGUCAGAAGCAGUGAGGCUUUUCUGUCCCCCAAUCAAUGGACUGUGUUGCCCGAUGCCAGUAUCUCCAACCUAACCGUAACGUACCAUUGUCCUACGGACCUACAACUGCAGUUGGCCCAGGAAUAAUCCAGUACGGGUCGGUUCUAUGGGCCGUUUUUACAAUGUAAACAGACAAAAUGGCGUACCAAUCUACACCGAUCUGUGCCUUUCUGCUCAGUGGAAACAAGGCAGAGGCACAUUGUGGAGAGAAGGUUAUCUGGGUCUCUGGGUCUCAUCUUUGUGUUUUUUUGCAGAUGAUAUGAUGCUAUUAGCAUCAUUAAGCCAUAGCCUUUACAUUAGGAAGAGUCUAGCUUCUCAAUAUUUCUCUGCAUUGGGCUCCAUUUGCUGCCUUAAGCAGAGCAGUUCAAGUGUCUUGAUGGUUACAUUGUCCAAGGAGGCUAAUGCCUACAAAUAAGCAGCUGGAUAGAAACUUCUUUAAUGCAAAUAAAGUGUUUCCAUUGCAGUUUUGUGACAUACACCAAUUCAUAUGCUGCUGAAAACCCAAUUUUUUUCCAAAAUUAUUGUGUUCCCAUUAAGCAAGUUUAUUUUAGUAAUUCCAUGGUCAAUGGAAACUCAGCUACAGAGGCACCAAAAAUCCAUUCAAGCCUGGAAAAGCAUUGGGAUUUAGAAUCUCCUGGAGGAAGAAUUUCUGGGUUUCUGUUUCUUUAGUGACAUAAUUUCAAAUGAUUUUGGAAAGUUUGGGGGAAGUCUGUCCCUUUACUCCAUUUCUACCACCUUUUGACACAGUUCUUCUUCAUUAUAGGGAUAAUUUUUCUACAUUUUUGACAUGACAGAUGAUCAUUUUUGAAGGUUUAAGGAAGAACCACUCCUUGUGAGAAAAAUAGACUAUUUCCUUCUCCAAAGAACAGAUAUGAACAAUUCCAUUUAGUUGAAAAAGAAAAUCCUGAAUGUGUUAGUUUUAUCUCAACUGAGCAAUUUUUUAUUUUUUUUUAACUUUAGAUAUUCAUAACUUUCUAAACAUAGGGACUGUUGCUUUACAAUUGAAAGAAAACUGGGAGAAAAACGGUUCCAUCAUUCAGCAGCUUGUUUGUGUUCAUGAGCAGAUAUAAAUGAUAAAUACACAUUAUCAUUAGAAACUUUGGGGAGAAAAUGAUGCAUAAAGUCUUUUCUCCUCUUCUAUAGGAAUGUCUGAUGUUUCAGCCAGACUCUUCUAAAGAAAAAGGAUGCUGCAGCACUCGUCCUGAAAACAAAUGUUGCACUGAUAUAUUUAAAAAAGAAAAAAUCUAUGUGUUUAUGAUGUUGAUUUAUGAAAAGAGAGGAGGAAAGACGAAGAGGACAGUGUUAUUGUUGCUUCUUUUUAACAUGGUUUUAGACAGCCAUGGUAUAAUUCUGAAUUGUACAAUUUACAGAGAUGUUUUUCAUUCUCGAAAAAGCUUAUAUACGAGUAACGAUUUUAUUUACUUGGUAUAAUAUCACCUUGUGUUUUUUGUACCGUCACUGAUGUACGUGCCAUUGUUUUCUUCUGUUUUUCUUUGGAUGACAAGAGAAAGCGUUUCACUUUCUGUACUGUUUCUGUAGUUUUCUUGUCUAAAAAAAACAAACAAAACAAAGGAAAACAAGGAAGUAAAAAGAAUCAGAAAGCUGUGAGGCCUUAUGUGACUUAAAGUAUUAUUUGUACUUUGACUUUCUGCUCCUCACCCGACUCAUCCAUCUCUGUUGUUUCAGACUCUCAUCACUGACUAUUACAUUCCAAAGAAUUGGGUCAAAUAAAUGUUUUAAAUAAAA